GUCGGUAACUGAAAAACCGUGAAUCUACGUCACGAGUACAUGCAAUUAAUGUCGGCAUGUCGGCAGUAUGUACAUAAUAAAUAUAAACAAACAAAUUAAAUUAAUUAAUUAAUCAGUUAGUUAAAGUGACGUUUCAUACUUAAUUAAUAACAGCUGAGAUAAGACAAUGGGCGUAACAGGACUGUGGAAUAUAAUAACGCCGCUGAGCAAAGCUGUUGCUCUGGCUGAAUUACGUGGGAAAAGUGUUGCUGUCGAUCUCAGUUGCUGGAUUGUUGAUAGUUCCACUGUCGGUCCCGACGAUGGUUGCUUGAAUAAACAUCUGAGAAACAUUUUUUUCCGCACUGUCGCUCUGCUGAUGAACGGCAUAAACCCAGUGUUCGUUCUCGAGGGCACAGCUCCGGUUCUGAAGCACGAUGUCAUACGCGAGAGAAGUCAGAUGCGUAACAAGAAGAAAACUGAGACUAAGAAAGAUAAUCAGAGGUCUAAUGGCCGCGGAUAUAUGUUCAAUCGCACGGUCAAUGAUUGUAAGAUGAUGUUGAAUUUGAUGGGGCUCACUUGUGUCAAAGCACAUGGAGAGGCUGAAGCUAUGUGUGCUUAUUUGAAUCAGGACGGGCUGGUCGACGGAUGCAUAACGCAAGACAGCGAUUGUUUUUUGUACGGAGCAAAAAUAGUCUACAGAAAUUUCACGAUAACUGAUAAAAUAGGGUUUGGUAGUUCAGUUGAAGAGUACUCAUUGGAGAGGAUAGAGAAAAUUUACAGUAUUGGUCGCAAUAAGAUGAUUGGACUGGCAUUGUUGUGUGGUUGUGACUAUGAUUCUGGAAUUCCUGGAGUUGGAAAGGAAGGAGCUAUUAAAUUACUUCGAGCAGCUAAUGAAAAAGAUAUCUUAAAUAGGCUCAAAAAUUGGAGAACUGACGGAAGUAUUUAUAAAUUAGAAACAGCUGUUGCUGCGUCAAAAAAUAUUUCAGAUGAAAUGAAAAAAUUGAUAUCAAAUGAACUAUUGAUUCGUAAAAAGUGUAUCGCGAUUGAUAGCUUCCCGAAUCAAGAGUUAAUAGAUGAGUUUACGGUACGCAAAGGCAAGGUACCAAGAACAAUUACUAAGUGGGAGUGUCCCAAUGUAUUAGAGCUGGUUAAAUUUAUGGAGAAGAAAUUAAAGUGGACCGCAGACUACACUAUCGAAAAAGUAUUCCCACUAUUAACGCGAUGGCACAUCGAAAACCAAUCAAAGCAGACUCCGGAACCGGGGACGGCGUCGACUGAGGAAUUAAUUCCGAAAGUAAUUAAAAAAAUUCGGACUCUCCAAUCGGUCUGUUACUACGAAAUAGAGUGGGAAGUAAUCAGCGAGAUUGAAUGCUUUAUCAAAUUAGGAGAGGAAGAAACGGAGGAUAAUUGUAAAAGAAAUUUAAUAACAACUCUCGAGCCAAUUGAUCUUGUUAAAUUAGUCUAUCCUAGUUUAGUCGAGGGCUUUGAAGACGCGAAGAAUGCAAAAAAAAAAUCUCGCAAGAAACCCAAGCCCGUGGAGGGUGACAAGGAGAACGUGGUGAAGCCGAAGAACAGCAGAAAACUUAAAGCCAAACCCGAGGAGACUCAGGAGAAAAAAAUCUAUGAUUUCUUCAUGAAGACUAAAAACACCAGAAAGUCUGGCAGUCAGGAUAAUUUGAAGCUCACCGAGUUAAAUGGUUCCGUCAGCAGCUUGUUUGAUGAUUUAGUUGAGCAGGAUUUUUCAACCGACGUAGAUGAAGACUCUCCCAACAUGUCGAUGAUUGUAGAAAAAAUGUAUCAGCAUCUAGACGGAGCUCACAAGGAGCCGAUUGAUAUUUCUUCUCCGAAGGCUGUUGAUAAAAUUGAUGAUGAUACUGUUAACACGACAUUAAAGGAUGACUUGGAUGAAUUUGAUAUUCCCUACAUCCCUUUGAGUGAUCGUAUUAAAUAAUAUCACUCGUUUCAUGAUAUUUAAUUCCAUAAGAUCACUGAAUUGAUAAAUUGUAAAUUUAUCAACUCAUAAAAAUUUGGUAAAAACGUUUUUGAGUCAUUUUUAUUAAUUUAUAA